GAUCCCCUCUGCUUCCCUUCAUGGACCGACCCACUCCCUUGAGGCGGCGUAGUUUUAAGAUCAAGACCAAAUUCGGUGCCGCUAGGCAAUGGAGAAGUCGGAAGAAUCGCCCUUGUGACGCGUGCAGACGGCGAAAGACCGCGUGUAUUAUUGAGACUGCUCCUCCAUGCCGGUUCUGUCGAUCUAAGGGACAAGCGUGCAAGUCAACCGAGGACGCGCUCAGUCAGCGGCGAAGCUCGCGAGAGGUCGCUCCUUCUACCGAUGUAACAAGCAGCAGCGUUGUCGACACUAAUUAUACCAGCAUUCCAUCGAUUCUAUCACCUGAGCUACGACCAAACUCGCUCUCCGCAGGGCAGUCGGCUUCGCCGAGUAAUUGGAUCGAACCGGCCUCUCAGACUUCACCGUACGUCCUUACAUCGCCGCUGAGCGAGAAUGGACCAACGAUUGACACUCUUGAAGACAACGAAAAUCGAACGGCGCAUUCUCUCGGCCUUGCUGGAGAGCAAGAUACAGAUUUGCUGGCUUCUUUUCGAUCAGUAAUCACGAAUGAGAGGGAUGGUAUCAGUGCCGAUGUCAUCCAGGUUAGCUCGGGUGACCUUGACGCAACUGCGUUCCCGGUCCAUUUCAAUCUACUCAUGGACGAAUUUCAGCCAGCGGACGAUCUUGCGAAGCAGAGGAUAUCCGAGAAGAUUGAAGCCAUGGUUUCUCCGCACGCUGCAACGUUAGUUCGCUUGUUCUUCAAGCACGUUCAUCCCGUCUACUGCGUGGUUUCGAAAGUGCGGUUUCUCAGGGCCUACGCGGAAGAUAGUCUGAAGAUCCCAGCUUCGCUCCGUGGAGCUGUAUACGGGCUUGGGUCGAUGUUCUGGCAGCACGACCCCGACGUGGAGGGUACUCUGCAAUUCGACCUGCACGAUCUGUUCGAAGCGGCGCAGUCAUCCUUGCAGCGCGAGCUGCAUGCGCCGAAUCUAUGGGGUAUACAGGCGUGUCUGCUCCUCCUUCAUGAACGGCCAGCAGAUAAUGCGACCAUCGAAACACCGCGGACCUGGGUUUUCAGUUCCCGAACUGUUGCCUGUGCGCAAAUGAUCGGACUGCAUCGUGACUCGACGACGUGGCACCUUGUCCCAGGGGAGCAGAAGCUGCGGAAGAAAUUGUGGUGGGCUACUUACAUGAGCGACAUCUGGUCCUCCGUUUGUCAUGGCAAUCCACCGCUUGUGUACCCACGAUCUUUUACAACCACGCUGCCGGAAAUAGACGAUCUCGCUUUUGACGAAGAUGUACCGGCUGACUUCCAAGACAUGGUCGAUAUUUCUAGUCAAGCGGUCGAUAUAUCCACGAGCGCACGAUUUUUGGAGAUGGUCAAACUCAGUCGAAUUCUGCAUGAGCUGAUUGAUUCGUACUACCUUGAUUUGAGUUACCAGCAGACAAUUACCCAAACCCAAGCCCGGGAGGCCAAGCUUCUCAGUAUCAGACGUGAGCUUGAAACCUGGUUAUCGAUGGCCCCCAACUGCGUUACGAUGGCAUAUAUUGGCGCUGCUGAUUUUCGAAACAACGCUUAUUCCAUAGCGCCGCUCACUCUCGCCUACUACGCGGUCCAAGCCCUCCUCUUCCGCGCAUUGAUGAGUCCUGCCCGGAUGUCCGCCAAGUCCGACCCAACUUCGUCUCUGUGUCGUUAUUUCGACCUGGCGGCAAGCGAGUUUCGCAAAUUCACGCUUUUCAUGAACAGCAUUACCUCAGCAUGCUUACAUGCUUUUUGGGGCGGACGUAGGUUUCCCUUCGCCAUAUCGAAUGAUGCUGACUGGCCAGAUGCUCGAUCUCAGCUUACCCUUUGCGGAAACUUCUUGAUCUACCUGUUUUUAUUGGCGCCCAGUCCACAUCAAGUCCACUCAGCAUUCGAGCUCCUUAGCAGCUUCCACGAAUCGCUUCAACGGUUACGAGGGUGGGCUGAUGAUGAUGCCUCUCUUGCGCUGUUACGACCAGUUGCGCUGCGAAUUGACUCUUUCUUUUUGCACGCCGCGCGAAUCAUGAGAAGUGGGAUGGGCGGGACGUAG